UUCCCUAACAGACUGUUAAAUUGUUUAACACAUUGUUAAAUCCAUUUUUAGUAUUCACCAUAGCAAACGGUCUGUUAAAGUCAUGGAUAAGUUAACAGCGCGAUGUUGGACUGGUAAACCACUAACUGACUGUUUAAUUCUAAAACGUCAAAAGUGUCAUCCCGACUUUAUUUUGCCUGGAGAUUUCGUAGAAGUGAUUUACAAAACACAGUCAGCGGACAGCGAGUAGGGGCUUGUUUUGUAUAAGUAUCAAAAUGGAUAGCCUCAGUAGAAUUGAUAUUAUCGACAUAUUAGAAUCUUCGGAAACAGACACGAGUGACAUUGAAGAUAUCCCGAGAGAAAGAAUUGUAAGAACUAGGAGGUUUCCCUUGAUUGAAUUAGAUGAUUUGGAGUUCAAAAGAAGAUUUAGAAUAAAUAAAAAUACAUUUAGGCGACUGGAAAAUGUAUUGCAAAAUGUUAUAGAACCGAUAAAUGAAAGGAACCAGCCAAUCUCAAAAGCAAACCAAAUCUUGAUAUGUCUUCGAUUUUUUGCUACAGGUUCCAGAUUAAUGUUGCUGACCUUUUCAAUGUAUCUCAGCCUACCGUUUCCAGAAUAGUAAAGAAAAUAACAAGACACAUUGCUGCAUUGCGGCCACAAUUUAUUACAAUGCCAGAAACAGAAGAUCAAAGGAGGGCAGUUGUUCUUGGGUUUUAUAAUCUAGCACAAUUGCCUGGAAUUAUAGGAGCAGUGGAUUGCACCCACAUCAAAAUUCAGUCACCUGGAGGUGAAAACGCAGAAGUAUUUCGAAACAGAAAAAGUUAUUUCAGUAUUAAUACACAAAUAAUAGGUAGUUUCGAUUUGAAAAUAAUGGACAUAGUUGCACGUUGGCCUGGUUCAGUUCAUGACACAACAAUAUUCAAUGACUCAAACAUAAGAGGUCAUUUUGAAAAUAAUGAAUUUUCACCCUACUGUCUGGUUGGAGAUGGAGGUUAUCCUUGUAGAGUGUAUUUAUUAACACCCUUACAAGACCCUCAAACGUUACCACAACAGCGGUACAAUAAUGCCCAAAUUAAAACCAGAAACCCAGUAGAAAGAUUGUUUGGUGUAUGGAAAAGAAGAUUCCCAUGCCUGUCACUAGGUAUGAGGCUAAAACUUGAAACCAUGUGUGAGGUUAUUGUGGCAACUGCUGUGCUGCACAACAUGUGCCUAGAACAGAAUGACACUAUCGAUUUUUUUGAGAAUGGUCCUGAAAUGGAACAAAUUGAAGAGAUCUAGGUCCGAAUUGGAUAUCAAAAUACUGCAACCAG